AUGCUUGGUGAUAAGGAAUAUAUUCUGGAUAAUAUUAAAGAUGAACAUUUAUUUAUUCAAAAUUCUGAUUUUUACACUAUAUAUAAAGAAUUUGAUAAAUCAUGCGAUAGUAUUAACAGCGGAGAUGUCUGUUAUAAAGGUUCAAUAGAAGAGUUGUCACAAUUCCCUAAAGUCCAAGAUUUGUUAAAAAAUCUUUACAGUAAUUUACACAAAAUUAUUUCUACUGUUAAAGAAAAUACAAAUGUCUAUUUUGGUAAUGUCAAUCCUGAUGAUAAAAAAUUCUGUUGCACAUACUUGAAAUACUGGUUAUAUGAUAAAAUAAUAACUGAAGGUCUUGAUGGAAAUGAAAUUAAAAAGCUUUUCGAAGGGUGGGAAAAGCAUGUGAAAAGUAAAAUAACAUAUAAUUCUUUAGAACCCUGUUUAUUUCAUAAUUUGAACAUGGAUGAAAUUAAAAAGAUAAAAAAUAUAUAUGCCUUUAAUACACUUUUAUAUCCUAAUGCUGAAAAGUUCAAGAAUUGUGCGCAUAAUGAAUGUAAGUAUAUGGAAUAUUUUGGAGAAGGUUUAAACGAGCUUAAUAAUAGUAUUAAUAAUUGUUACAGUAACAUUCCGUCUGUAAAUUAUUGUAAUGAAUUAAACGAAUAUUUAAAUAUAUGUAAAGCUGAUGAUAAAUAUGCAGGAACUUCAAUAUACCAUGAAUAUAAUGAAAAAGUCUUGGGUUCCGGUAAAAAAUAUCCGUUAUCUGUAGAAGAAUACGAAAAUCAACUACUUCUAAUAUAUGUAAAGAAUAAAAACUGGAUAUAUUAUGGUAAAAACGCACAUCUUUUUAAUCCUAAAAAUAAAAUUAUUACUGCGGUAGCUUCUGCCACAUUUUCUGUUGUAGGAAUAUCCACGAUUUUUUUCUAUUUGUAUAAGGUUAAUAAUACAUACUUUGGAAGCAGGUUUUUCAAUAGAAAAGGGAAAAAUAAAAAAAUCUUAGUUGAUAUUGACGAUAAAGAGCGCAAUACAUUAUUAUAUACAUCAAAUAAUCAACAAAUUCCUUCAAAAAACAGGGAAUAUACUAUGGCAUAUCAAACUUUUAAAAAUUCCUAA